AAAACAAUUAUCAGAAAUCAAAAGUUUGAAAAUGCCUGAACAAUAUUGCAAACAAAUUUUAUUAAAAAAAAAAUUAUUGUAAAGUUAGGAGGAAUAACAAUUUCCUUCUUGUCAAUAAAACAGGAAUCAACAUUCCCAAAUUACCUUAAGGUGUUCUAUUCGGAACCGUUAAGAUUACGCCACGUGACAAACAAGCAAUAGAGAAAAACGGUUUGUAUUUAUUUAUUUAUUUUAUUCUAUAUAUAUAAAACUAUUAUUGUUUUUCUCGUACCCUUUGCGUCGUAAACACCCUUGUUGUUUACCUGUGAUACUGUCGACUUCGAGGAUCCUCCUCCGUCGCCGGAAAAUUCCAGAUUUGAACGGAGAAUUACUGGAAUCGCCGAUGAUGGACGGUUCGAUUCCGACUGAGAAUGGCUCCGUUUCCUCUGAUCGCGAUGGAUCCGCUCUGAUAUUCCUCGGAACGGGAUGUUCGAGCGCGGUCCCUAACGCAAUGUGCUUGAUCCAGCAAUCCGAUAGUCCCUGCUACGUUUGCUCUCAGUCUCUCUCGAUCCCUCCAGAGCGAAACCCUAAUUACAGGGGAAACACUUCACUGCUCAUUGAUUUUUGCCAAAGUGACGGCAAACAUAAAUACAUUCAAAUCGAUGUGGGGAAAACAUUCAGGGAACAAGUCCUUCGUUGGUUUACUCUUCACAAGAUUCCUCAAGUUGAUUCUAUAAUUUUGACACAUGAGCAUGCUGAUGCAGUACUUGGCCUGGAUGAUAUACGUUCAGUGCAACCAUUUAGUCCUACCAAUGAUAUAGAUCCUACUCCAAUUUUCGUGAGCCAAUAUGCUAUGGACAGCCUUGCUGUGAAGUUCCCGUAUUUAGUUCAGAAGAAACUGAAAGAAGGCCAAGAAGUUAGGCGAGUAGCACAGUUGGAUUGGAGAGUUAUUGAAGAAGAUUGUGAGAAGCCAUUUGUAGCUUCAGAGUUAUCAUUCACACCACUUCCAGUGAUGCAUGGAGAAGACUAUGUCUGUCUUGGUUUCCUUUUUGGUGAAAAAUCUAGAGUGGCGUAUAUAUCUGAUGUAUCACGCUUUCCUCCAAACACCGAGUAUGCUAUAUCGAAGUCUGGUGGUGGACAAUUGGAUCUCCUUAUCUUGGAUACAUUAUAUAAGACAGGAUCCCACAACACCCACUUAUGUUUCCCACAGACACUCGACACAAUCAAAAGACUGAGUCCGAAAAGGGCUCUUUUAAUCGGAAUGACUCACGAGUUUGAUCACCACAAGGACAACGAGUUUCUUGAAGAAUGGUCUAAAAGGGAAGGGAUUCCAGUAAGACUUGCGCAUGAUGGCUUGAGAGUCCCAAUUGAUCUAUGAAGAGGCUGAAUAUCUAAAUCAGAAGUUUGAGGAUGCUUGUGUGGGUCUUCUUAUUCUUAAAAUACAAAGAGAGUGAGGGAGAUACAGAAAGGGAGAAGAGAGAAACAGUUUUCUUCAAAAUGCGUUUGCUCACAUGGCUUCAUAUCAAACAUUAUGACUAAAGAUUUUUUUUUUGUGUUAUUUUCACUUUAAGUUGGAAUUUAUUUUAUAUAGUUAGGAAUCUUUUGAUUUUUCCCCCUAUGAAAUAUACCUGUUAUAAUAAAAACAAAAGAAAGAAAUCAGUUCAUCUAAAUCUACUUAUGCUUACUACAUCACCAAUCCAUUUUUUACUUCUUAGAAAUUUCAAAAUAGAUUAUUGACUGUAUGAAACAUAACUGAAAGUUUCAAUUGUUGAUAAUAUCCUUCAGUAUGGCUGAUUAAGAAUAAGACACAUAUUUUACAGGUCACAAUCACUCAGGGAUAUAUAAAAAAAAUGGUCUUAAGCGUACGAGAUCACGAGACUGUUAGGACAUGUCAAAACUAGUUUGAAUUCGUGGAAAAUGAUGUAAGCACUUUUUAAGAUUCAAGUCUAGAUUUUUUUAUUUACAUGAUUUUUGUAUUAUUACUUCUUUUAAAUGAAACAACUACUUAAACUAGAGAUGUCUAAACGAGUUCGUUUGCGUCGAUAGGAUGGGGCAAAAGAAGUGGCAUGAUGCUGUAUGUCUGUCCGUUUAAGCUUCGGUUGACAUAUAUUAAAUUUUCAUUUGAGGCAAAAAAAAAAAUAUGUAUCACACAACCUUCGAUGAGUUUUAUUCAUCUCCAUCCACUGAGAUGUUCACAAAAGAAAGCUAAUUUAUAAUUCGAGCAACAACAAAUUUAAGUUUCA